UGCUAGUAAUGACUACUCAUGAGUAUACAUUACGAACCUCCAGCAAGCACAAUGGAUAGUAACAUCGCGACGGAGCCCCUUUCACUCAGCCCGUCGCUAAAGGAUUUUAUAUCCGGGGCCAUCGCCGGUGCUUUUGCCAUCACCGUCUCUCAACCGCUAGACACUGUUCGGGUCCGCUUGCAGCAAUCGGUAACUGUAAGCGGGCCCAAGCAGAACACGAUGACACUCCUAUUAGCGAUGAUACGCAAAGAAGGACUGUUAUCGCCAUGGAAAGGGCUCACAUAUCCUCUACUAUUUGCGUCUGUACAGUCCGCUAUCCUCUUCCAGGCAUACGGCUGGACCCUGCGUCAGCUCGCCUUGCUGCCCGAUUCAAGCCCUGAACCGCUUCAACAAGCUCAGGCGCAGGCCAAAGUUUCCCAUCUCCCAGACCGCUCCUCCCCUUCACCCUCCCCGUCCUCCUGGUCUGGUGUGGCUUCCACGCCCCCAGCCCCCGUGGCAUCUCUCCUGCCUUCUUCUCUUUCCACACCCCAAACCUCCCACCAUCACCACCAUCACCACCACCUACAACACCUACAACACCACCUGCUUCCAGCUGCAGCCAGCAGCGGCACCUCUGCGCCCCAAGCACACCCUCAGACAGCCCAGGAUGCGACACCCCAUUCCAACGGCACAGGGCCCCAAGCUGCCGCCUCCCUCCCCCAUGCAGCCCCUCACCAGCUGCACCACCACCACUACCACCAUAGCCAGCAGCACCAGCAGGGGGGGGCUGCCGUACAACAACAAGCUGCCGUACAACAACAGGUUGCCGUACAGCACGGACCCCCGGAUAGCAGUACCAGCGGGCAGCUGUUGCGCUGGGCUGUGGCACGGAGCGCCGGG